CUCAAAAUCUUUCCUUCUGGGCCUUUCCCUAAAAUUAAUUCUUGGUAGAAGGUAUAAAAGAUGAUCAGUUCCUGCCAUCCCGCUGUUUCCUCAUGCAUCUGCCUAGAGUCACAGGGUGUUUCCCGCUGAUCCUGAACGUCUCCUCCAAGCCACAUCAGUCCCUCAAAAUCUUCCCCUCUGGGCCUUUCCCAGAAACACAGUCUUGAUAGACAGUAUAAAAGACCAGCUCCUCCAAGCACAGGAUUUCCCCCUGGUUGCCACAGAAGCCCAAGGCGCUUGGCAGCGAUGCUGGUCUUUCUCCCUCUCCCAGUCCUCCUGGCCUCCCUGGCCUUGUUCCAGGCUACAGCAUCAGCUACAAAAGCACAGACCCCCAGCACUGCUGCCAUCUCUGAUGCUGUGAAUCAGGCCAAGGUCCAGGUCAACAAGGCCUUCCUGGAUUCCCGGACCAGGCUAAAGACUGCCAUGAGCACGGAGGCGCCCACCACCCGACAGCUCUCCGAAUAUCUCAAGCAUGCCAAGGGCCGGACCCGCACGGCCAUCCGCAACGGGCAGGUGUGGGAGGAGUCCUUAAAGAGACUGCGGCAGAAAGCCACCCAGACCAACGUCACAGACCCCAGCCUGGACCUGACUGCGCUUUCUUGGGAGGUGGGCUGUGAUGCACCAGUUCCUAUGGUGAAAUGUGAUGAGAACAGUCCUUACCGCACCAUCACGGGAGACUGUAAUAACAGGAGGAACCCAGCUCUGGGCGCCGCCAACAGGGCGCUGGCGCGCUGGCUGCCGGCAGAGUAUGAGGAUGGGCUCUCCCUGCCCUUCGGCUGGACGCCGGGGAAGACGCGGAACGGCUUCCCUGUCCCGCUGGCUCGUGAGGUAUCCAACAAGAUUGCCAGCUACCUGAAUGAGGAGGAUGUUCUGGACCAAAACAGGUCUCUGCUCUUCAUGCAGUGGGGUCAAGUGGUGGACCACGACCUGGACUUUGCCCCCGACACGGAGCUGGGGAGCAGCGAGUACUCCAAAGCGCAGUGCGAUGAGUACUGUAUCCAGGGAGGCAACUGUUUUCCCAUCAUGUUCCCACGCAAUGACGAGAAGGUGAGGACGCAAGGGAAAUGCAUGCCUUUCUUCCGAGCCGGGUUUGUCUGCCCCUCUCCACCUUACCAGUCCUUGGCCCGAGAGCAGAUCAACGCUCUGACCUCCUUCCUGGAUGCCAGCUUGGUGUACGGCCCUGAGCCCAGCCUGGCCAGGCGCCUCCGUGACCUCAGCAGCCCCCUGGGCCUCCUGGCCGUCAACCAGGAGGCCUGGGACCACGGGCUGGCCUACCCACCCUUUGACAACAAGAAGCCGAGCCCCUGCGAGUUCAUCAACACCACCGCCCGCGUGCCCUGCUUCCUGGCAGGAGAUUCCCGAGCCUCAGAGCAGAUCCUGCUGGCCACUUCCCACACCCUCCUUCUCCGAGAGCACAACCGGCUGGCCAGAGAACUAAAGAGACUCAACCCUCAGUGGGAUGGAGAAAAGCUCUACCAGGAAGCCCGGAAAAUCCUGGGAGCCUUCAUACAGGUAAGAGGCCCAGGAGUGCUGCCACCUCCGCCACCAGCUUCCACUCCUGGCCCUGCCCUCUGCUCACUGUCGCCAAUCCACACACACACCCCCGUUUCCUCUUUCCUCUCCUCUGCUGCCUUUCCCCAUCGUCUCUUUCUUUUAAACCCUCCCUUUUGUUUCUUCGGCUUCCCUGUCCCUAAAGGAGUCCCUGGAUGCCGAGUGUUGGAGAAUCAUUUAUGUGGGUCACACAGUGUCCCUGCCCAGGUGCCAUCCCUGGCAUCACGGGCCCCAUCCCUCCUGGGACUCUCACAUCACAGUUAUUUUGGUUGUUUUGAUUGAAUAAUUUUCUCUUCA